AUGGUCUCUGGUACCUCGCAGCAUACCAGUCUCUUCGAUCCGGACACCAGCGACUCUAUCAAUCGCGACGGGCAUACGUCGGGCGAGAUCGGUGAGUUACGACUUGUGCGCGGUCUGUGGCCGCACUUACCGACCUGGGCCGAAGACGGUCAGGUCAGAGUCAACGCUACCGGGCACAUGCUUCGAUCUAUUCGCGAGAGAGGGGCACCUCCUCAGGACGUUCAGGCCAGCCCGCUCGAGAGUCGAUCGCCCCCGUCCGCCGACGGCGUAGACGCUCCUUCGCCAACGAUCACCGAGCUCGCGCGCACCUUUACAUCAGGCCCUUCAUCUGAGGCUAUACCACGAGCACGCCCACUCACCAUACGUGCGGGACUCGGCCGGAUUCGCAAGGCGCUAUCGCGCGGCGCUGGACGAGUUCGAAGGGUCAUCGACCGUGUCCGCUUUCGCCCUCGCACGCAGCAGUAG